CUCACCACCACCACACAAGCCCAACAUGCCCAAGGCCAAAGGAAAGGGCGGCAAGAACCGCCGGCGCGGAAAGAACGAGACGGAGGGCGACAAGCGCGAGCUCGUCUUCAAGGACGAGGGCCAGGAGUACGCCCAGGUCGUGAAGAUGCUGGGCAACGGCCGUCUCGAGGCGCAGUGCUUCGACGGCGAGAAGCGCCUGGCACACAUCCGCGGCAAGCUGCGCAAGAAGGUCUGGAUUAACCAGGGCGACAUCAUCCUGCUGUCGCUGCGCGACUUCCAGGACGACAAGGCCGACGUGAUCCAGAAGUACACGGCCGACGAGGCCAGAAAUCUGAAGCAGUACGGCGAGCUGCCGUCCGACGCCAAGAUCAACGAGACCGACACGUUCGGCGGCGAGGAGGGCGAGGGCGACGUCGAGUUCGAGGAGGACAGCGGCGACUCGGACGACGACGACCUGGACGACCUCUAGAUGCGUCCUUCCGCCUCGUCUCUGUACCACAGGAUGGUGUGGCCGCGCUUCGACAGACGUGCAUCCGCGCUCUUCCCCUGUCACUACGCCUCUCUCGGCGGCCUUCUGCGCUUCCAUGGCAUCCCGUCUCGGCC